CAUAUUUGUAUUUAUUGUGUUGCCCAGUAAUAUUGUGGUUGUAUCUUCUUCCAUGUUGAUGUCGUCAAGCAGUACUACAACUCAAAAAUGUGUACACAGCCAAUGGUUAGCACUGUCACAGCUCAGAGCUCUCAACCUUAAUUCAACGGUAGAGUCGUCAAUUUAUUCAUGCGAAGGGGAUUCUUCAAUGAAGGUGAUGGAAUGGAAUAUGGAGGAGGAUUGCUGUAGUUGGGAUGGAGUUUCGUGUGAUGCUGCAACCGGUUAUGUCAUCGGACUCAACCUCAGUUUCAGUAUGCUGUCCGGUGAAAUUUUUCCCAUUUUCAAUCUUCACCAUCUUCAAACUCUCAAUCUUGCUUGGAACGAUUUCAACUACACUCCAUUUUCGUCCGGACUAGAGAAACUCAGGAAUUUGACGCACCUUAACCUUUCGCAAACCUCUUUCUUUGGUCAGAUUCCUGUGGGGAUUUCGAGGCUGACGAGACCUCUCAGCUCAAGGCUCUAACUGGUCUCAAGUCUUAUCCUCUGCAUUGCCUAAUCUUGAAGUUUUAAGUUUUUCCUACUGUGAUCUCAAUGGUCCAAUCCACCCUUCAGUUGCAACGCUAAAAUCUCUGUCUUAUUUGCAGCUUAGCUAUAACAAUCUGUCUUCAGAUUUCCCAGAAAAUGUCUUUCUCCAUCCAAAAUUGAAAACCAUUGACAUCUCCUAUAAUCACCUUCUGAGUGGCCAGUUUCCAGAGUUUUCAAAACACAGCUCUUUGCAAACCAUUUCACUUUCUAAAACAAAUUUUCAUGGAGAAUUACCUGAGUCCAUUGGAAAUCUUCAGUCACU